CAACCGUCGGCCGUAAGUAAAUCGUCCUGUGAAUAAUUUUAAUUUUAGUGGCAAUCGUCCCUCUUAUAAAUUAGUGCGUAAGUUGAGGUGUGAUCAGAGGUGAUUUUCUGUCGGGAUAACUGAAGUUUAUCGUUUUAAGCUUCCUAGAGUAAGAUCUGUGUGCUGUGGUUUAUCAUUCAGGGGGCCAAAACACGCGCAACAACGGACGACCCCACAGGACCGGGGGGUGCUUCUCGUGUCUCGGGAGGAAGGUCAGGAUCAGAAAACUUAUCUCGAAUGGACGAAAUUCGCUCCCUAUCCACUAAGCGACGCUGGAUCCCUCCUUCAUCUAUUAGACGCGAUGCACUCACUCAAGAAAGCAGAAAUGAUCUCAUCUUCAGAAAGGUGCGGGGUAUUCUUAACAAGCUCACACCGGAAAAGUUUGCAAAGCUGAGCACCGACUUGCUCAACGUCGAGCUCAAUUCCGAUGUGAUUCUCAAAGGUGUUAUAUUAUUGAUCUUUGAUAAGGCACUCGAUGAACCAAAGUACAGUUCUAUGUACGCACAGCUGUGCAAACGGCUGUCUGACGAAGCUCCAAACUUUGAACCUCAGAAACCCAACGUUGACGGUCAAGCAUCCCAAAGCACAUUUACAAUUCUGUUGCUCAAGUAUUGCAGAUUUGAGUUUGAAAAUCGAUCAAAAGCAAAUGAGGCAUUCGAUCGGCAAGAUGACUUGGCCCCGGAAGAUGAAGAGCGCCGUCAAUUGGCAAAGCGUAAGAUGCUCGGAAACAUCAAAUUCAUCGGGGAGUUGGGCAAAUUGGAAAUCGUAUCGGAAACGAUCCUACAUCGGUGCAUUCAGCAGUUAUUGUUGGAGAAAAGAAGGGGAGGAUCCAGGGGGGACAUAGCUGAGGAUAUCGAAUGUCUCUGUCAGAUUAUGCGCACCUGCGGUCGCAUUUUGGACUCUGACAAGGGCCAAAUGCUCAUGAAGCAGUACUUUAAACGCAUGAGCGUCUUAGCAGAGAGCAGCGAGUUACCCCUGCGCAUCCGUUUUAUGCUACGUGAUGUUAUCGAAUUACGGCGCGACGGCUGGGUGCCGCGCAAGGCCACCAGUACCGAAGGGCCUAUGCCCAUCAAUCAGAUCCGCAAUGAUAACGAAGAUUCCUCAAGAGGUGGCGGAUACAACAGACGGGAUGACCGUCUCAGCAGUGAUAUCUUUAGAACGAUGCGAAGCUUUGAUGACAGGGCAGGCAAUAUGUCACUCAGCUCCCAUCCCUUUGGAAUGGGACCUUCUCCAUUUAGUCCAAAUGGCUAUUCGGGGCCUGGUAAUGUCGGCUAUGGCAGACACAAUCAACGUAAUCAACCUAAUUACUACCAAAAUCAAAACCGCCAUCAGAACAAUUUUCAAGGAAAGCAUAAUCACAAUCAACAGCAACAGAACUCUUCGCAGAAUUACAACAAUAAUGGCAACAAAGAGCAGUCCCGUUUGAGGAACAAAAUACUGCUUAAGCACCCGGAAGAGGUGUCUCUCAGGCCUGCACCUAAUUCAAUGGUAUUUAGCGCCAACACGAACCCGCCAAACCUACCUCUCAACAACAGUAUGUUCAUAGGCGGCCACGUAUCGGAAAGUUUGCUUUCUCCAGCGAAUUCUUUGAAGGCCAGCCCACCGCUGAUGCACAAGGAACCUCCAUCAGCGAUUGUGAUAAAACAAGGCCCCGUCGAGAAACGGGACAAAGCAAAGGACAGAAAGGACAAGGGUCCCUCUAAAGAGGAAGUAUUGAAGAAGGUGAAUGCAUUAAUGGAUGAUCUGGUUAAUCACGGGAAUAUUCCGGACGCAAUAACAGCGUUCAAGGAUCUAAAAAUACCGGAAAGAUUCUUGCGUCACGUAAUUUUCACCUUCUAUUCCAACACUUUGGAUCGCGGUGAUUCGGAGCGGGAACUUGCCGGAAAACUAGUGUCCGAUCUGAAAAAAGAAGGGCUUAUUACCGGGCAACAGUUCCUUGAGGGGUGGAAGGAGCUAGUCGCUAGCAUGGAUGAAAGGGAGAGCACAGUUGCUUGCGUUGCUUCUCAUGUCGCAUCUAUAACUGCUAAGGCGAUCGUUGAUAAUCUGAUGCAGCUAGUAGAUCUAGCUUCAGUGACUGAAAAUGGGCAACAUCACCCGUUAUUCCUACUCACCCUUCAACAGUUGCACAAGACUCAGGGCAAGGAAAGACUUAUGCAGAUCUUCAACGAGAGUAAGGUGAACCUGAUGAUCCAGCUACCAGAGGCGGAGAAGACGAAGGAAAGGUUGGGUAAGAUCCUCGAGGACAGAGAAUUGACGUUUCUCUGCCCUCUUCUCAGGAUCCAAAAGGAAAUGUGGAGACAGCUCGAGAUUGACCCCAGUCCCAAUGCCCUCUACAAAUGGAUUAAGGAGAAACUUGACCCUUCUCAUCACUCCGAUCCAAGUUUCAUCAAUGCUCUGAUUACCGUUCUCUUGAAGUACAUCACUCAGGAAACAACAUUAGGUCCAGAAGUUGAUCCAGAAGCUGCAGUGGACAAAGCUUUGAUUGAGAAGGAACGAGCGUUGUUGAUGAAGUACAAACGCGUGCUGGAAUCAUUUCUUCCCACUAUUGAGACACAAGUAACUGCUGUUCAUGCUCUGCAAGUAUUUUGCUACUCGCACAAAUUCCCCAAGGGGAUGCUUCUGCGAUGGUUCAUGGCCCUUUAUGCAAUCGAUGUCGUCGACGAAGAGGCUUUGUUGCAGUGGAAGGAAGACAUCACUGAUGAUUAUCCUGGCAAAGGACAAGCUCUUUUCCAGGUCAAUUCCUGGUUAACAUGGCUCCAGCAGGUAUCUUCCGAGGAGGAGGAAGAUGAGGGUGACAACUAGGAUGUGGAAAAUGGGCCCAAAUGGGCAACUAUCUUGUGACUACCUAUUAUUUGAGAUAGGGUUUUAUUAUCCACUUCGCUGAGCCGAGGGAUUCCGUUUUAUCAAUUGCGUUGUCUCCAUCCAGCACCGUAAACAACUAACAACAACCUGUCAGUCCGUCGGCCAUCUUGCGAAAGAGAAAAUCUGUGACGUGUUUUUAAAAAGGAAACUCAAACGACAAAAAAAAAAAAACAAAAAAAAAACAAAACAAACAAAAAUAGAAAAAAAAAUAGAAAAAGUAAUAACCCGCGAGUGGCGCGACAGACCCUUUAAACAGGAAGUUUUAAAGUUUUAGAUAAUUGAAUAUUAAUAUGAUUUAUAAGGAAAUUUGCCCGGCAUAUACUAAGAGGCAAUAUGAAUAAUCGUAUGAAUUUAAACAGAACGGUAAAGAACGGAGUAGACGUAGAGAGCAAAGAAGGAAGAGAAACAAAGAGGAGGAUGAGAAUGGAGUCAAGAAACAAAACAACCAAAAAAAAAAAACAAAAAAAAAUUAUAUUAGUCUGGUGAUUUGUGUUGUCCAAGUUUUUGUCUAGUAUUGUGCAUGUGCCACGUUUUGUAAGUCUUUUUGUCCGCGGCAAGAAACGAGUCGCUUGUUAUCUCUGUGUACCAGCUUUUACAUUUAUAAUUAUUACAAAAAAAUAUUACUAUUAUAUUAUUAUUAUUAUUAUUGAUGAUUAUAUUACUACAGUAAUUUACUACAAACGCAAAAAAAAAACAAAAAAAACAGUACACUUAUCAGUUUUGUCUUUGACUAUAGUUGAAAUGAUAAGCAGGAUCAUGAGAAAAAAAUAAUAAUUCAAACUAAUCCUGGAGCAGAAAAACGACUCGGUUUUACUUUACUAGUCCGCUGUGAAUCUUGUGAGUGACUUUGUACGCGAGCAAUGUACAAGCGCAUAAUCAUCAGUGAUAGACUCCAAAGUUGAACUUAAUCGCCAGCAGACAACCGUAUUUAAAAAACAAAAAAGAAAAAAAAAUGAGUACAAUAUGCUUGCCCACCUGUAUACCUAUGUGCUGCAUAUGUACGUUAUUAUUAUUAUUAUCAUUAUUGUUACUAUUAUUAUUAUCAUUAUCACUCUUAUUAUGAUAUCAGUAACUAAUAAUUUUUCGUCCAAACAACCAAUAGCCAAUUUCACCACCACCAUCAACAAUAAUAAUACUGCUACUCUACUACUACUUCUACUACACUACUACUAAUACUGCUACAAUUACUACUACUACUACUAUACUAUUACCAUCAACACAAAAACUGAAUCUUACGCGUAGAAGAAAUCGAGCGAAAAGAAAAAAAAGAAAAAAAAAACCAAUAGCGACAUAAACUAAAUCGUAUUAAUACAAAAUAAACAUGCCUCGGUGUGAUUUAUCAAAGAUUACAUCCAUGGUCAUUCUAACAUCCCGUACCAUCAUUGUCCAAGAAUUUUUUCUAGUUAGAUACAACUAUCAUAGACCAAUUUUAAAUGUUUCUUAGUAGAGAUUCAAGUUCGUCUCCAAUAUACAGAUCAAAGUAUGUAUAAAAUAGUAAUAUUUAGCCGCCCGCUAGUGAUCCAGAGAUAUUUGUUCAUCCCCCAAAAUUGUUCUCUCUUAUCUUUAUGAUACUAUGACUGGCUAUCACUUGUCUUGUUUUGUUUAUUGAUCAUAUUUAAUUUAACAACUCGAAAUAAAAUAUUGUAAAUGCUCUCAUUGAAAUUGUACCGUUAAAAUAUGGACCGUACGGUUGAAAUUAAGUUGAAAAAUUUAUUUCUAUCAUAUGAUAACGUUAUAGCUCACACCAUAAAGUGUUUGGCUUAUUUGUAAUAGUGAAUUUAGUGUAAUUUUUAUCAAUAAUCAGCAGUAAUAUGCCUAUCAUUUUGUCUAUGAAUCAUAUCGUAUGAUAUACUUAUCUACAUACCUAUAUAAUAAAUAAUAAUACUACUGCUCUACACACAUAUACAUGAAUACUGCACAGAUCACACCUUCAAAAUACGGAUAUUAGUUUCAUUUAAACAAAAUAAUAGCGCAAGCAAUAAUUAAUUAUGUUGUAACUGAAA